UUAAUUCAAACUUUUCUCACCAUCUUCGAACUGAGUGAUGGUUCCUUUGAUGAGGAGGUUUCAACGAGCCGUUUUUCAAAGUUCUUCUUCAGAUCUACCGACUUCCGAUCACAGCCUCCUCUCACCUCGUCCUCCAUUACUAUCUUUCGGUUGGUGUUAGGUCGGAUUUUUCUCCGGCCACAGGCCGUGAGAAAAGCUUCGGCAAAGCCGUCUUCCUACUUGUUUCAUGUUGUCUUUUGUUUCGUGAUGCCGCUUGUUUCGUCGUCUCGCCUUGCUCUCUAUUGUUCUCGCCUCGCAAUUUCUCAUAUAUCACCGCUUACUCGCCAUCUCUCACUGCUUCCUCGCUGUCUCUUGCCGCUUUCUCGCUGUCGUUCAUUGUUGCAUCGCCAUCCUUCGUUGCCGUUCCCCAUCUCUCGUUGUCUCCUAUUUGUUCAAAAGAAACUGAAGUGGGGCUGCUCCCAACGAUGGAUCUCUACUCUGUCACCAGAUCUUUCACAUCCCACUCUUCUACUAACCUCCCAGCCGUGUACUUUGCAGGUUAUGCAUCUGUAUUGUGCUUCUUCCAUCCCAUUAUGGUCUUGUUUUUACAAGAUCCCUGGCUGCAAGUCUGUCGCCUUUGUGCCCUGCAGUUUGCAGAUUGGAUUGGCAUUGAUAUGUUUUCCAGUGAUUAUGGUUGAUUCCUCCUUCAUGGAGGUUGUGUUAUUCCCAAAAUCCAGUCUGUUAUCACCUCUGAGUUUACAGCCGAUAUCAUGAUUGUUAUACCAGCACAAGGUGCGGUUCUAAUCUCCGGUGUAGGAAUAUGAAUGUAUCCUAUAAUCCCCAACUAGACUUUCCUCUUCUUAGCACUAACGGGGUUGAGUGUAGAGGACAACUCCUCAUCUUUAGUGUUUUAAGUUUUGUGUUUAUCUCUAUGUCUUUACUAUCUAUGUUUUCCAUGUUGCUAUGGUGUUUUUAGCCGUUUGGCUUUGUUGUAUCUUUGCUUGAACACUUUCUCCUUUAUUGGAGAUUUAGUAAUGAAUCUAUAAAAUGUGGGUUGACCAGAAAAAGAAUGCUAAUGAAAAGUAUAAGACU